AUGACUCAAUAUAAGGUCGAUUUACCACCACCAGCUAAAAGAUUAGUAUUAUUUGUAGGUGAUGGAUUGAGAUCAGAUAAAUUAUAUCAACUAUAUCCAAUUGAAAAUGAUGAUCAUCCAGUAUCAACAGUAAUGGAAUCAAAGGCGCCAUACUUAAGAAAUAUAAUAUUGAAUGAAGGUGUAUGGGGUAUAAGUCACACGCGAGUACCAACAGAAUCAAGACCUGGUCAUGUAGCAAUUAUUGCAGGAUUUUAUGAAGAUGUUAGCGCAGUAACAAAAGGUUGGAAAACAAAUCCCGUUGAAUUUGAUUCUGCAUUUAAUCAAAGUAGACAUACAUGGUCAUUUGGUAGUCCUGAUAUUUUACCAAUGUUUGCCGAAGGAGCAUCUGACCCAAAUCGUAUCGAUACAUUUAUGUAUGAACACGAAGAUGAAAAUUUUGCUCAAGACAUUUGGGUAUUUAAUCAAUUUGCGCAACUAUUAGCAAACUCAACAUCAGAUCCAAAAUUGCAUAAACAACUGCACGAAAAUCAAAUAAUAAUAUUUCUUCAUUUACUUGGCCUAGAUACAAAUGGUCACGCACAUGGACCACACUCAAAAGAAUACAUCAAUAAUAUAAAACUUGUUGAUGAAGGUAUUAAGAAUGUCGUUAAAUUGAUUGACAAUUAUUACAACCAUGAUGGCGGGACUGCAUAUAUAUUUACUGCUGAUCAUGGAAUGAGUAAUAGAGGUAAUCAUGGGGAUGGGCAUCCGGACAAUACACGUACACCAAUAAUUGCAUGGGGAGCUGGAAUUAAUAAACCCGUUAAGGUUGAAGUGAAGGGGGAGGAGAAGGAGGAAGAGAAUUUGGUGUUAGUGAAAAGUGACCAUGAUGAAUUUUCUUACCCAUGGAAUCUAAAUCAUGUUAAAAGAUAUGAUGUGUUGCAAGCUGAUCUCGCACCUCUUAUGAUAGCAUUCUUUGGCACAGGAAAUGUUGCAUCCUUAUCAUCAUUUUCAUUAUCAAGUGUCUAUAGACUAACUACCAUCUUUGAUCCAUUUCUUAUGGGUGCUUUAUUACUGCUAAAAAUAUUGAUUCCAUUUUUCAUAGUUUCUUCAGUAUUUAGUGUCAUCAACAAAUCAUUAAAUCUGCCAGCAUUCAGCCUCUUCCUAUUGGUCUUGUCAACCUGUGAUAUUAUGACUCUGAACUUUUUCUAUUUGGUCAAGGAUUAUGGAAGUUGGCUAGAGAUUGGUACUACAAUCAGCCAUUUUGUUAUUAGUAAUUUGUUUAGUUUGUUUAUGAUUAUAUUAUUUGGUCUAAGUGAAAUAUUAGUUGGAAAAGUCAGAAUUGAUCACAGUGAUGUUGAUGAUAUUGUUGAUGAUUUAGUAGAUUUAGCGUCAAGAAGAAAAAAAGAUAAAUAA